ACAUUUGGUGAAACUUCAAAACCCUUGUUUCAACGUGACUCUCUCUAAUUUCUCUCUCUCUUUCUCUAUCAUCUUCUUCGUCUUUUCCAAACUUUUCUUGCAAUUUCUCUCAACUGGGUCUCAGAUUCAACCCAAAAGAUUCAAUCUUUCCUCCAUUUCAUUUCUGGGUUUUGUUUAACAAUUCACAUUCAUGGCUCCUACACCUUCUUCCAAGCAAAUGCAUUCAACCCAUUUAAUAACACCACGUUCAAAGCAUCGUCUCAAUUUCAAUAGCCACAAAGCAGCACCAACACCACCACAUCCCAAUUUCAAAGAAUCCCCUCAUGAACACCCAAUUGAAGUUAUUGCUAGAAUUCGCGACUACCCAGAUCGAAAAGACAAGCCUUUAUCGGUUCUUAUGGCAAGUUCAAACUCUAGAUCUAUUAGGGUUCGUGCUGAUUUUGGGUAUAGGGAUUUUACCCUUGAUGGGGUUUCUGUUUCUGAGGAAGAGGAAUUGGAUUUGUUCUAUAAGAAGUUUGUGGAAUCAAGGAUCAAUGGUGUUAAAUUGGGAGAUAAAUGUACUAUUAUGAUGUAUGGACCAACUGGUUCUGGUAAGAGUCACACUAUGUUUGGUUGUUCAAAGCAAGCUGGGAUUGUUUAUAGGGCUUUGAGGGAUAUUCUUGGUGAUGGUGAUACAGAUUCUGAGGGUGGUGGAGAUGGAAGUGAUGGUGAUUCUAAAGGAAUGUUUGGAUUGAGAACUUUUGUUCAGGUUACUGUUUUGGAGAUUUAUAAUGAAGAGAUUUAUGAUCUUUUGUCCACCAAUGGAGGAGGUGCUGGAGGUGGAGGGUUCGGAUUCGGUUGGUCUAAGGGCAGUGCUUCAAAGGUCAAACUUGAAGUGAUGGGGAAAAAGGCUAAGAAUGCAACCUACAUAUCUGGAAAUGAAGCAGGGAAGAUCUCAAAAGAAAUUCAGAAAGUGGAGAAGCGGAGGAUUGUUAAAAGCACACUUUGUAAUGACAGGAGUUCUAGAAGUCACUGCAUGGUGAUACUCGAUGUCCCAACAGUAGGAGGACGGCUAAUGCUUGUUGACAUGGCAGGAUCAGAAAAUAUUGAACAAGCUGGUCAAACUGGAUUCGAGGCGAAAAUGCAGACUGCAAAAAUUAAUCAAGGAAAUAUAGCACUGAAGAGAGUGGUCGAGUCCAUUGCAAAUGGCGAUUCACAUGUGCCUUUUAGAGACAGCAAACUUACCAUGCUUCUGCAGGAUUCAUUCGAAGAUGAUAAGUCAAAAAUUCUUAUGAUACUAUGUGCAAGUCCUGAUCCUAAGGAGAUACACAAGACAAUCUCUACACUGGAAUAUGGAGCCAAAGCAAAAUGUAUUGUUCGUGGCCCUCAUACUCCGGUUAAGGAGGAGGACUCUUCUUCUACCGUCAUUUUGGGAUCAAGAAUUGCUGCAAUGGAUGAAUUUAUCAUGAAGCUACAAAUGGAAAACAAACUAAGAGAGAAAGAGCGAAACGAAGCACACAAAAAGCUCAUGAAGAAAGAGGAAGAAAUUGCUGAGUUAAGAGCUAAAAUGGAAACAGCUCCUGCAAGUGAGGAGGAGAUUAACCUAAAGGUAAACGAACGAACACGCCUUCUGAGACAAGAGUUGGAAAAGAAGUUGCAAGAGUGUCAAAGAAUGACUAAUGAUUUUGUUGAGUUGGAGAGGAAGAGAAUGGAAGAACGCAUAUUGCAGCAGCAGGAAGAAGUUGAAAUCCUGAGAAAGAGACUGGAAGAAAUCGAGUUGCAGCUGCAUUGUAAUUCAAAGAAAGAGCAUAUCGAUGAAAAUGAAUCAAAAGAGACGGAGCCAAGUGGGUUUAUGAGAAAACUACUUCGUGUUUACAAAAGCGAGGAUGAUCCUGGAAUGGUGAAAUCGAUGGAUUUGGACAUGGAUGAUCAAGAACCCUCCUCCCUUGCACGUGAAGUUAUUGUCGGCAUGCAAGGCAUUUCACCAAAUCAACCUCGUUCAAUGGUACAAGAAGUUGCUUCUGUUUGUGCACCAAACUUUGGUCAAAAAGCAUGUCUAAGUACAGUAUAUGAAGAAGAAGGAGAGGGAGAGCAAGAUCAUGAGGAUAAAGUGGAAGAAGACGAGGAAGUGGAGAAAGAAGUGAUAGAGGAAAAAAGGGUAUGUAGUGUUAGCAAAAGUCCAAAGAGAGAAAAUUAUUCUUCUGAAGCUGACAAGGAAAAUAAUGGUUCCAAUAGACUACUGAGGAUUCAUAACAUAUUCACUCUUUGUGGAAACCAAAGGGAACUCUCUCAAUAUGGAACUCCAAUCCCUACAAAAAAGAGGUCUGAUGAAGGUUUUGAUUUUGAUCUCAAAUAUUCUCCUGUGAAAUCAAGUGAGAAGAAAGAUUCUGUCUUAAAAAUGUCCAACAAAGAGAACAUGGAACAAUAUGUUGUUGGAAAUUAGCUUCAGUUUACAUGUACUGAAACAUGAAAAAAAAAGCUGUACAAUAUGUGAUUGGAUUUGUUUCUUCUUGGUAAUGUGAUUUGAUUUACCUAUUAAUACUACUAUUUCAUUUUGUGUUGA